GAAGAACCGGAACUUCCUGUGUUCCCCAUGCUUUUUAGCUUGUGGAAAAGGGAGCUAGUGUUGUGAAUACGCUGCAUUGAAGCAGAAAAGGGAGCAAAAAUGGUUCGUAAAUUAAAGUACCACGAACAGAAGCUGUUGAAGAAGGUGGAUUUCAUCAACUGGGAGGUGGACAACAACCUGCACGAAGUGAAAGUGUUGAGAAAAUAUCACAUUGAGAAGAGGGAGGACUACACAAAGUACAAUAAGCUGAGUCGUAACGUCAGAGAUUUGGCCCAGAAGAUCAGAGAUCUAAACGAGAAAGAUGGCUUCAGAGCUCAGAGCACACAUCAACUGCUGGAGAAACUGUACAACAUAGGUCUCAUCCCCACCAAACAGAAUCUCUCCCUCACAGAGAAAGUCACCGCUUCUUCAUUCUGCAGGAGAAGGCUCCCCAGCAUCAUGGUGAACCUCUGCAUGGCUCAGAAUUUAAAGACAGCCAUCACCUUUAUAGAACAAGGACAUGUGCGUGUUGGCCCAGAGCUUAUCACAGACCCAGCUUUUCUAGUAACAAGAAAUAUGGAAGAUUUUGUCACUUGGGUGGACUCCUCAAAGAUCAAGAAGCACAUCAUGAAUUAUAAUAACGAGAGAGAUGACUUUGACCUGGUGGCCUAACUUUCUUGUCAAUAUGUUGUCCUGGUGGAAAGAACCAAGAGCAGGAACUCUUGAUCUUCACAACCCAUGUGUCACCUGUUUGGAUCUCUGUGUUCUCAUUUCAACAGCUACAACUUAAUGACACAGGAGGAUUACACUUUCAGAACUUAACUUAUUCAUGGAAGUACAGAUUUUGUCAGCGUUUGUGCUAGUUGAGUAUGGGUGUGACACUUGUGAGUUACCCGUGUUUAUUUACAAUAAGUAUGCAAACAGUCACUGUUGUGUCAUCAAUGCAAAUGUAAAAUACACACUAACAGUUUAAUAAAAAUUUAAUCUUUAA